ACAUGGAAGCACCAGGUGAAGACCUCCACAGAGGCUGAGCACUGCUUUCGCUCUUUCCCACCGUCUUCUGUCUCCUUCUACCUGUUUAUCCAGUUGAUACACGUCUGCCUGGUGUCACGUUUACGUCUACAGCAUCUAGAACCUUGACUUCCACCCCAGUGUGUGUGUGGCGGCCAACGAUCACAAAAACUGAUGAGGAUCGGUUGAUUGAGUUUAAAUUAACUUCCUUUUUUUCUUAUUUCGCCAAGCGGAAAGAAUGUCGGAAAGGGCCGAGGAUGACGUCAGGGGGGAGCUGCGCCGAGCGGCCAGGCAGCAGCUGAAGCAGCAGCAGCAGAUCCAGCGGGGAGAAGGCUCCACAGCAAUGGCGACUGUUGCGGAGCGGAGAUCCUUGCCUAGUCCAGAAAUUAUGCUGGGACAGCCUUGGAGCAACUGGGUCGACGCCGCCAAACUCAACGGCAACGACGGUGGCGAAUCGGAGGAAAGUUUGAAAGACUUCGGGAAAAAUCGUGAAGCCAUGCGUUUGUGCAGAGAAGACAUGCCCAUAUUCGGCCAAUGCCCCGCACAGGACGACUUUUACCUGGUGAUGUGCAACCACUGCGGCCAGGUGGUCAAGCCCCAGGCCUUCCAAGCACACCAUGAGAGAAGACACAGUUCGGCCAUCAAGCCGGUCUCCACCUCCCCCUUCCCCGUGCCGGGCAGGAACAGAGCCACAGGCAGCGGGCUCGGUCCUGGGCCUGUAGCUGGACUGUCAAGCGGAGGCGUCCUUAGCCGACCUUCCACCGCUGGAUCUUCAGCAUCCUCCUCCUCCAAUCCCCAUCUCCCCAAACCAGCCAAAGAUAAGCUGCCAGGCUUUCAGCGAAGAAUCCCCUUUGCACCCUUCAGGACACCCCAGCCGGACAAGAUCCUUACUCCGGCUGUCAAGGUGGACAAGAUGCAUCUAAGGGUGGACUCGUCAGCUAAGCUGGUGCAGGCACCAUCUGCACCAGCCACCAACUCAUCCCCCUCUACAUCCUCCUCUAGCACCACUGUGAGCUCCAACACUACCACCAUCACCCCCUCCCCAUCCUCAGCCCUUAAACCAGGCCUUAACUGUCCCUCCAUACCAAAGCCUCCAUUACUGGCCCCGGGUCCGAUUGCCAACGGCAAGGGCCUCCUCUCAGACAAGAAGCAGGACAGCAGUGCCAGUAGCAGACGCCACCUAAACAAGAAAUUAACAGAACGUGAGUUCAAUGCAGAUAUGCACUGUGGCGUGUUGGAUAUGACAGCUCGGAAACCAUGCACAAGAUCCCUAACAUGCAAGACACAUUCCUUAAGCCAGCGGAGGGCGGUGCCAGGGCGGAGGAAGCGCUUUGACACGUUGCUGGCAGAGCACAAGAACAGAACAAGGGAGCGGGAGAAGGAGAGAGCCCUCCACCAACCCCAUUCCCAGCAAAACACCUCUCUCAGGGACCCACACCCCUCCUCCCACCCCACCGCUGCCCAUGACGCCCAAAAGGUCGUUCAUGGCAACGGCCCUGCCCCAGACGCCACUAAGCCUUUGCCGCUCUGCAAGUCCAAAUUUCUCACCCCUGGUCUUCCACGCAGAGUAACCAGCAGUCACGGAGGUGGUACCCCCGGAGAUCCUGCAGUAGUCCACGAGUCACCGCACCACGCACAUACCACCCCCGAUGGGUUCUCCCGACCCUCCAGUGAUGAGGGAGAGAACGAGGAGCGGGAGGACAGCUCUGACAAACUGGACUGUCACUAUUCAGGUUAUCACCCUCGGCCGGCAGCUUACUGUUCAUUUAGAAGUCGACUUUUUGGGAGAGGUUGCUACUCCUUCGACAGGCGAUGGGACAAAGUGCGAUGUGCCCUAACCACAAUGACGGAUAAACACGUCAACUCUCAGAUGUGGAAGAAAAUCCCCUUGGCCUUGGAGAACUCCUCGUCCUCCUCCGUUGCACCUUCCCACAGGACAAGCACAAAUUCCCACGGUAGCACCCCUUCUUCAGGCUUCCUGGGCCCCCCUGCCACCUUGCUCCAAACUCCUUAUAGCCAAUCGUACGAGGGCAAGCCCGUGCUUUCAUAUGGGACCACGUUAAAUGCCCGCAGCUCUCCGCAGGGCGGGGCUGAGCACCCGGCCUACGGCAUUACGCAGGCCCGACAAGUGUCUUCGUCGCCGCAGAUGCCUUCCGCCCCCUUGUCCGCCUCCUCUUCCUCUUCAGCUCCCUCCCUAGCCUCAGGCCGGGCGCUGAAGUCCCGUUCCUCCAGCAGCACUACCAAGUCGUCGUCCUACAGGCCCAAGGAGAUCUCCUCUGGCUCCUCUACACCCUUCAUCCCCAACUCCAUUGGUGGGGGCAGCAGUGGAGCCGGCAGUAACAGUAGCAACACAAGCUUCAGCUCGGGGAAGAAGAGGAAGAACAACUCUAUUCUGUCUUCGUCCCACGGCCCCUCUGAAUCCUCCUCUUCUAACACCAUCUUCUCUUCCUCCUCCUCUUUCAAGAAGAACUGUGCGAAUGUUGGCAGCUCAGGGAGCACCUACCACCAUGGCUCAUUAGGUCCUUCAUCGUCAUCCUCAUUAUCUUCCUCCCACAGCGGAGUCCACAGCGUGGGGCUGAACUGUGGCCCCACUGUGCGGACUAACUCGCUCAGCCUCAAGGCCGAGCCCACUGGAGGUUCAGCGGGCGGCUCCUCGGGGCCUCCAGCGCGGGGUCCUCCCUCGGGCAGCCCUGCAGAAUCCAUCAAGCGCAUGAGCGUAGUGAUGAACAGCAGUGACUCCACCCUUUCCCUGGGACCCUUUGUCCACCACCAGUCCCUGUCCUCGUCGGACCACCACACCAACUUCAGCCACCACUCCGCAGAUGGGCGUCUGGAGGGAAAGAAGCGCAAGAGCUCUCCCGCCUCCAGCGGGAUUAAUAGUGGUGGGGCGGGAGGAGUGGGACCUGGACCCGGUAGACCCAAAGUGGCCAAGUCACCGGCCAUUAACAACAUCCAUGGGAAGCAUGGGCGAAGUAUACCAGGGACGCCAGGGUUGCCAAACAACUCCCAUUUACAUCAGCCAAAGGCUCGUCCCUGACAGUGGUGUGCAGCUGUGCAUGGGGCCGGCGGACGGGGAGCGGUCCGAAGCAGUCCGCACGCUGCUCUGGACUUCACAAGGCCUUCUAAAAUCAAACCCACAUUACUCUCAGCUUCCCACAAUCCUCAGGGUGGAGAUGAUCCGGACUGCCCAGUGAAGUCAAUGUGGUCCUUACUAUUUCUCCCAAAGCUGUGUGUGUGUGUGUGUGUGUGUGUGUGUGUUUGGAGGAGGGGUGCAAUGGCACUGUAUGCAUAGCAUGGCGCGCCAGGGGUCUGAUGAGCGAAGCCAAGGACCCCCCCCCCCCC